CAGCAGCCACUGUAUGUGGAUCACUGGCCUAUAGCCUCUCCAUAUCUCUGAUCAUGUAACAGAUAAGGGAGUGAGCAGGUGCCAGUGCUUCUUGUGGUAUUUAGAGCAAUGACAAGCUAUUCAGUCCUGCUGCUUGGCUUUUUGUGACAGCAAUUAUUGUAUGACUACGAACUCAGGCAAUGGCCUUGUAAUAAAACAUUUAGCUUAAAAAAUAAAAGUCCUUGAGAAACCUCCCAACAUUUGCUGUGUUUCGCCUACUUGGAUCAGCGCCUGGCUCCUCCCUCUCAGCACAGGAAAAAAAAGGUCACGUCUGUUUGAAGAAUAUGUAGGUCAGUGGAACAUUUCCUGCACUUAUUCUGAGGAGACCGGAGCUGUCUGGCUUCUAUCCCAACCCAAGCAACACCCACCUACACUUUACUUCCCAUUGCUUCCCCUGCUCCGUGCCAUACUGGCAUACGUGCCAACUAUCAACCUGCCUCCAGCCACAUACCCCUCCCCCACGCACCCAGCACCAACAGCCCCAACAGCCCAGAAUAACAGAGUCAGGAGUUGUGAUUGGGUCCCACCAGCUGAGCCCUUUUCUUGUCUCCGUACAACGACAUGAUGCCAGUCUGAACGUCCUAAUGCGCUGCAGCUGUUUCUUGUAAGAUGCCAACAGACCACUGUGUCACCGAGGAACUGCGUCUCAAUCGGGCAACUCUCUCCCCUGAAUGCGGUGCCCACUCGCACCAUGAGAAAAGGAGGCAACAGAAAACCUCAGGGGCUUCCAGCCGGCUGCAUUGUCUCUAACAAAACUUUGUCACCGGACGAGCCCAGCAGGAGCUGUAGUUCAGGGGUGGCCCAAGCCCCGCGCACCCAGCUCGCCUCAGCGGACAGCAGCACUCAGCGCUGGGAAUACAGCCCGAAUACUGGAAAUCAACUUGGACAACCCACUCCCCCUCAUCGCAGCAGGGAAAGCUACAUAGAAAUACAAAUGGAUGAGGAUGAGAAAGGCCAGGCAAGGAGGGCUUCCCGUAGCAGGUCAGAGAAGAAAAGGCGCAAUCAAUUAAAUGUGCUCAUCAAAGAACUUUGCACAAUGCUACCAGGAAACACGCGUAGAAUACCUAAAACCAAUGUACUGGAGGAAGUGAUUGGUUAUCUACAAAAAUCUGAAAUUGCUGCUGAAGCAAACAUUUGUGAUACCCAGCAGGACUGGAAGCCUUCAUUCCUUAGCAACGAGGAGUUCACGCAGCUCAUGCUUGAGGCCCUUGAUGGAUUCAUUAUAGCAGUCACAACAGAAGGAAGAAUAAUAUUUGUUUCAGAUAGUAUAACGCCAUUACUUGGGCAUUUACCAUCUGAAAUUAUGGGUCAAAAUCUGUUGAACUUUCUACCAGAGCAAGAACAUUCGGACAUCUAUAAAAUAUUAUCUUCCCAUAUGCUUGAAACUGAUCCUGCAACUUUAAAUUCUUUCAACUCUAACAACGACAUAGAGUUUUGCUGUCAUCUUCUAAGAGGAACACUAAACACAAAGGAAUGUCCUAUGUACGAAUACAUUAAAUUUGUAGGAAACUUUUGGUCUUGCAGUAAUGCGCCCAGUACCUCUUGUAAUGGAUUUGAAGGUCCUGUUUCAAUGACUUAUCAAUCUCAACUUGGUAAACAGAUGUAUUUUGUUGCUACAGUUAGACUUGCAACACCUACAUUUUUAAAGGAAAUGUGCAUAGUUGAGGAAUGCCUUGAAGAAUUUACCUCAAGACACAGCCUGGAAUGGAAGUUCUUGUUUCUAGAUCACCGAGCACCACCUAUAAUUGGUUAUUUGCCUAUUGAAGUUCUUGGUACAUCUGGGUAUGAUUAUUAUCACGUAGAUGACCUUGACAUAUUGGCUAAGUGCCAUGAACAGUUACUUCAGUGUGGAAAAGGAAAGUCAUGCUGCUAUCGAUUUCUUACCAAAGGACAGCAAUGGAUCUGGCUUCAGACUCAAUACUACAUUACAUAUCAUCAGUGGAAUUCCAAACCAGAAUUUAUUGUAUGUACACACAGUGUUCUAAGUUAUGCAGAUGUAAGAGUGGACAGAAGACAAGAAUUAAGUUUGGAAGAAGAUUCAUCAGAAACUGGUGUUUCACCAAAAAUACAGCCAUCAGUACAGCCAUCAGCACCAUAUGAGCCAUAUGAUAUUCAGUCAGAAAUAUUACAGCAAAACCAAUCCAGUCAAACAACACAGCUGCCUGUCCAGGAUAGUAUCCAAGUCAUACAAAGCCAGCUUCAGCAGAGAACCCAGAUUCUCCAGGCUAGUAUACAAUGGCAACAGGAAGAACUUAAAAAGAUCCAGGAACAGCUUAAUAUGGUCCAGGAAUCUAACAUACAGAUGUUUUGUCAGCCCCAAACACCUGCUCAAAACUUCAACAACCUGCACCAAACGGACACAGAAUAUCAUCCAAUCCAACAUAGAUCCAGCAUAGGACCUCAGCAGCUACAGCAGCAAAUGCUGAGCCUUCCAAAUCAAAGUCAGACUACUUCUAAACUGAUUCCAGGCCAGCAUGUGAUUUCAUCUCAGCAAGUGCUCAGGGAUUCCACUAUACUAUCAAGUAAGGGACAAAAAUCAAUGAGAAGCCUGCAAGGAACAUCAGUCAGUACUGUUCAGUCGUCUACCAGAAAUACUACAUCUCAGCUCGGUGACCAGGCAAAAGUGAUACAAAGUCUGGACAUAGCUUCAUCAUCAUCUGAUUCACACCAGGAAAGCAUCCAGCGUUCCACAGAAGCAGACUUCAGCCGUAACAGGCAGCUAAGGCUGUUGCUCAGUCAACCAAUCCAGCCAAUGAUGCCAGGCACGUGUAAUAAAAGGUAUUCACAAAAUUCACAAAUAUCUAGAAAUUUAGAGGUGCAGACUUCUGGCACGAGUGCCCCUAUUGUCAUAAUGGGGCAAGCAAUCGUACAUCCAGUCUUCCCUGCAACUCUUCCAUCCCAGCAGCAAAACCUACACAACAUGCAACUACAGCAGCAGCAAUAUGUACAGAGCCCAAGUUCCUUGCAAAAUGCAGAGCCAGAAUUGUUGAUAUUGAGUGCUAAUGCUCAGCAGCAAGGCUCAAUAGGAUUUCACCAGAAGCAGCAGCAGCUAACACCAAGCAGGACUAACAGCCUAUCGAAGAAAUCACGUAUACUUUAGCAUGCUUGCUAUCAGUUUUGUUUUUUUACAGGUACUAGUUCAGUGCAUAUCUACCAGAAUCUGGAUUGCCUUACUGGCGUUUUAACAAAAUACAUGGGAAAUGUGCUGGUACAGAUGCAGGCAGGAUCGUGCUUCAGACAAAGAAUUUUAUGUUGUCUGUAAUUACAGUUUGUGAAUUUAUAUUAACUAUACAAACUUUGAAGCCAUAAUUCUGCUUUCAAAAAAUUACAACGAAUCGCAGCACUUUUCACUUUAUGUCAGUUCACUUUUCAAUCUUUAUUUAAUGGAAAAAAGGUGAAUUUAGAAGUAUUAUAGGCAGAAUAUGUAUAUUUAAUAAUUGUGGGAAGAAAGAAUGCCUUUAUGUUUGUUCGUUCUUGAGUUACAUACACCUGACUUACAUACAACUCACAUGUACAGACGGGGGCUGUUACAGUAUCAUACUAUAGUUUGCUCGGCUUUUAUUAGCAUUUAGAUUUAAUAAACCUGCCCCAAUCCUCUCUGGCAUGUGUUGUCUACUGUGGAGCACAGAAAGUUAAAAAUAAAUACA